UGAAGACGUACAGCGGGAAUAAGGUCAUCUGCACUCUUUAUUAGCCUAGAUCAUGUAAUUAUGCGAUGGAGAAAACGAUCCACAUUUACGCAUAGCAAUUAAUGUGACAAUCAGCAAGUUUCACUGGUGCCGUUGGUCAUGCAUUUUUCAGAAACCCUGCGAGAAUCGAGUUUCGCUCGUGGGAACAUCUUGAACACCUGAGUCACCUGCCUGAACGUGUGAAUGUACGUGACCAAGCGGAGUUGACUGAAAAAGCAAGGGGACACGCGAAGCGCGCACGACUAUGGCCACCGUGCCGCCGACCUUUGGCUUCACACAGGAGCAAGUGGCGUGUGUGUGUGAGGUGCUGCAGCAGGGAGGGAGCAUCGAGCGCCUCGGUCGCUUCUUGUGGUCUCUGCCCGCCUGCGAACACCUGCACAAGAACGAGUCCGUGCUCAAGGCCAAGGCCGUGGUGGCUUUCCACCGAGGAAACUUUCGCGAACUCUAUAAGGUGCUAGAAAGUCACCAGUUCUCACCGCACAACCACGCCAAGCUCCAGCAGCUGUGGCUCAAGGCGCACUACAUCGAGGCAGAGAAGCUGCGUGGGAGACCGCUCGGCGCCGUGGGCAAGUAUCGGGUGCGCAGGAAGUUCCCGCUGCCGCGCACCAUCUGGGACGGCGAGGAGACAAGCUACUGCUUCAAGGAGAAAAGUCGCUGUGUACUUAAAGAAUGGUACUCCCAUAAUCCUUAUCCCUCACCGAGAGAGAAGCGCGAGCUGGCCGAGGCCACGGGGCUCACAACCACACAGGUCAGCAACUGGUUCAAGAACCGCAGGCAGAGAGACCGCGCGGCUGAGGCGAAGGAGAGGGAAAACGAGGGCGCAAAUCAGAACGGGCACAACCCGCUGCCUUCUCAAAUGACUGAGAGCAAAUCUCAGUGCGAGAGCUCCGACGACGAUAAAUCCCCGCCAGGGACCCCAGAUCACCCGUCCAUGAGUCCUGCUCUGCUUCUGCCCUCCAGCUCAGGCCUGCCACCACUGCAUAGCUUCGCACCCAAAGCUGGACCCAGCGUCUCAGACACGCACCAUCCUCAUCCUCAUUCUCAUCUUCAUCAUCACCCUCAUCAGCAGCACAGCCACCAUGAGCAACAGCAUCUAUCUAUACACGACGGCCUCCUAAACCCCAUGGCAGCAAGCCUGGUGGACCUUGGCUCCUAACAAUUUAGAUACUAAUUUAGAGCAUGAGCAAUGCGUAAAAAGACUAAAACCAAAGAAGACAAGAACAGGAACGCAUUAAAUUCCCAAUUGUUAUCCAGAAAAUAAUGUUUGUGGCGGGACUAUCUACAUUGAAAAAAUAUGUGUCGGUACACGAUGUAGUCUUACAAAGCAGUAACACAAAAAAGACCAAAGAACGAAGGCGACGUCCAUCUUGUUUGUGCCUUACAUACAAGAAGAGGAGAUGAACCUUUAAUAUUAAGCCUAAGUGAUAAGUCAAUAUCAAUCAACCGAUAGUUUUUGAUAUAUCUUGCUAUACAUGAAAUAAUAAAA